AGAGUUUCUUCUUUAAAAAAAACUUGAAUUCCUCUUUUAGGUGUUCUGAAAUGCAGUACACUCACCUUGAAAACCUCUGGAAAGAGGAUGUGUAAAUGUCGUCACAUCUCAGUGAAAAGCAGGCAUUGGCUGGCAAGGUUUAGUUUCUUUUUCACAGGAGGGACUUGGUAGCACAGUCAGUAUCACUUUCAGCUGUGUAAUGAGGAAGAGGCAAGGCUUAGUAUUGCAGCGUCUCUGCUCAAAUGACAGAUUGAGGGAAGAAAGCUCUCUGUUAUGGAGAAUUUUACGUGAGUGAUAAUUGUACAUUGGUGUUACCAUGUGUUGCUUGCCUUUGCGGUUGAAGUCCCUUGGAUCGAUGUUGUGUUUUUGUAUAUGUUUUAAAUGAGCGUGUAGCAUUUACAUACACAAACAUGGUCACUGUGGAUCAAUCAACAACAAAAAGGCUAUUUGGACACUGUUGGAUACUGAUCCUGCGACAUCUGAGUGAAACUGCUGAUGACUAAUGGCAUGAUGAUAUGUUGGUGGUCACUGUGCCAAGUUGGGAGACUGGAAGUACAGGUUAGAUGUACCUGAGUAUGGAAGCUGACAUGCAAAAAGCAUGUUUGUCCAGGAGCUUGUGCUGAGACAACGGGCAGAGAUACUGAAUGCACUGUGCAGCAGCGGGUCAGCUGAACAUCUGGAACAGGUUCUGGACAUACUGCUGGCCCAGGGGGAGCUCAUAUGGGAGGAUUACCAGAACAUACAGGUACCAGGUAGGGCACUGUAUGCCAAUGCCAGAGAGUUGCUCGACCUGGUUUAUACAAAGGGUUUGGAAACCUGUGGGCUCUUCCUUGCUGCUCUCAAACAGGUCCUGCCAAACGUGCAUAGCGUUGACUUCACUUUUUCCGGAUACUGUUCAAAUCUAGAGGAAAAAGAAGAAUAUCAAAGCACAUCUACUCAAACUCUUCUGACUCAAAGACCAAGCCUGGUCAGCAAGCUACAAUGCUGCAUUGAUGGUGCUCUAAAAGCUCUUGUCACAUCAGGACACUUCACCUCAGCAGACUGCGAUGAAGUGCGGCUACCUAUACACACCCCCUCUCAGCAGGCGAGGCGUUUACUUGACCAUGUCAGAUCAAAAGGAGAAUCAGCGGCGAAGGUUGUACUGCAGUACAUUCAGCAAGAACAGGAAUCUGAAUCUCCACAUGAGAAAUGGACUCCUCCCAAAGAGGUCUUAAAGUAUCAGAAGAAGCUCAGCAGUUCUGUGUCUGCUCAGUCCUGCUUUCUCAGUACUUAUGCAGGGACCAGCCACAUGUCUCUGGAUGACAUCUAUACUAAAUGCGAGCUGGAACUAGCUCAUAAUUGUGUUGAUGUCCAUGGACCUUUGGGCUUGGAAGACAUACUUGGUACAGUGGGUACAGUGAACGAGGAUGCCGACACGGUGCUGGUGUCUGGGGAUGCUGGUGGUGGGAAGAGCACCUUACUCCAAAGACUGCACUUGCUUUGGGCUCGGGGGUCAGCCUUCCAGGACUUUCUCCUUCUGUUUCCAUUUAGCUGUCGCAGGUUAAACUCAGAAACCAGGGAACUGUCUGUUCAGGAAUUGCUGUUUCAGCACUGCUGUUGGCCAGACAGGGAGCAGGAGGAGAUUUUCCAGUUCAUCCUGGACAACCCACAUCUCAUCCUCUUCACCUUUGAUGGCCUGGAUGAGCUCAAGCAGAGCUUUUCAGAUGAGCACAGGCUCUGCUGCCCCACCCAGCGUGCACCUGUACAUAUACUAUUGUUCAACUUAAUCCAGGGUUCCCUACUAAAGGGAGUGCGAAAAGUGGUGACUAGUCGCCCAGAGGCAGUGGGACAUGUGUUGAAGAAACACCUCCGCAAAGAGGUCCUCCUGAAAGGUUUUUCCCCAAGCGGAGUUGACUGUUUUGUGAGGAAGCAUCACAGUGACCCCACUGUAGCUGCUAAGGUUUUGGAGUCUCUACAGACAAACCCAGCUUUACUUGGAUUGUGUCAUAGUCCAGUCCUCUGCUGGAUUGUCUCCCAGUGCCAUGUUGAGCUGUUGGGCUGUGGAGAAGGCAGCCCACAAACAAUCACAGACGUUUACCUAAUGAUCCUACAGCACUUUUUCCAGCAUCAAACCUCCCCAAAGAGCUCCACAGGGUUAGAUUGGCUUCAGGAGCACCUACACACAGUCUUGCAUCUAGGAAAGCUUGCCUUUGAGGGGAUAGGAGCCACCUGUUACAUCUUCUCAGAUCCAGAUUUGGAGACAUGUGGUGUAACUGAGAAAGAUAUCUGCAUGGGGUUUCUCAUUCAAAGCAAAGAUAUGCCCCCCACCCACAGUAAAUGCUAUGAAUUCCUUCAUGUGACUCUGCAAUGUUUUUUUGCUGCUCUGUACAUUGUUUUGUCAAAUAAUACUGACCGCUCAACUAUCCCUAGGCUCUUUGAGCCACAGAACAUGAGGGAGACAGGUCUGAGCAGCACAUGUUUCAUGGCCUGCAUACCUUCUGCUGACAAACAAGGGUGGGCUUUAGAGGGGGAAACUAGAGCAGCUGAAACACCAAAUCUGCAAAUAACAGCCACCUUUGUGUCUGGACUACUGUCCCAGCGCCACCAAAGACUUUGGCUCCACUGCUGCUCCACUGAUGUGAUAGAGAAGAGGGUCAGACAGGUGGUGAGAUGCCUGUCCAAAGGCAUGCAGAAACACUUUAAGUCCAUCCCUCAACCUGUAGAGGGGGAGAAGAAGAGCAUGCAUGCAAUGCCGGACUUUGUCUGGCUUAUAAAAUGCAUCUAUGAGCUGCAGGAGAGCAAGAUUGCUAAAAAUGCCAUGAGUAAGCUUGAAGUGGACCACUUGAAACUGACCUACUGUAACAUUGGUCCUGUAGAGUGCACUGCACUAGCUUAUGUUCUCCAGCAUUUAAGGAAACCUGUAGGCCUCCAGCUGGACAACAACUCUGUAGGCGAUGUUGGAGUGGAACAACUUCUUCCCUGCAUGCACAUUUGUAAUUCCCUGUAUCUUAGAAAUAAUAACAUUACAGAUGAGGGGAUCCGCAAACUGCUUGCCAAAGGUAUCCAGUGUGACAACUUCCGGAAAAUUGCGCUCUUCAACAACAAGCUAACUGAUGCUUGCACACAACACUUUUCUCAUUUUCUGAAGACCAAGCAGAAUUUCCUCUCUCUAAGGUUAGGCAACAAUAAUAUAACAGAAGAAGGAGCAAGGCAGCUGGCAGAGGGACUGAAAGUCAACCGUUCAUUGCAGUAUUUAGGGCUUUGGGGCAACAAGAUAGGUGAUGCAGGAACAGUGGCCCUUGCCAGUGCCCUAGAGAGCAGCAAAUCUCUGGUGUGGCUAAGCCUGGUAGGCAAUUGUGUGGGGAGUGCAGGAGCAUGUGCCCUUGCCAACAUUAUCAAGAACAGUGCGUCACUGGAAGAACUUUGGUUGACAGAGAACUGCAUAACCAGAACAGGAGUGGAAUGUCUGAUUGAAGCCCUAGAACAUAAUACUCAUGUGAAAUCAGUAUGGUUGAGAAACAAUGACCUCAGUUUGCAGGAGGUAGAGGAGAUGACACAACGGGAAUCGAGACUCACCUUCUGAUUUUGUAUAAAGUUGGCCAAGGACUGUGUACUGCUUUAAGAAGUGUUUCUAUUUAUUAUAGGGAAUAUUAAAUAUAAAAAGUGAAAUGUAAAAUGUGUUUGCUAAAGUGUAUCUUGGUUUUCUGCUAGGAAGAGUAAAAUGAGACUUUUCACCUAUUUCACCCAUUAAUCCUUUUCUU